AUGCAUAAGAAUGUUUUUUUUUCUAGCUUUGAGCAGGAUGGAAAGUUCAGCAAGGAAGCUGUUGUUGGGAUAGACGAGGCAGGACGAGGCUCUGUAAUGGGAUACAUGGUCUACGGCGCCUUGAUAAUGCCAAGGGGCUUUUCCGAGGCUGUUGAGUUCAAGGACUCCAAAAAACUAUCUUCCUCAACAAGAGCUCGGCUGUUCGAGUGCAUAAAGGAGCACAAAGAGUUCGAAUACAUUUACUAUUGCAAUCAUCCAGACUACAUAUCAGAGCAAAUGCUCAGCGGAGACAAAAACCUAAAUGAAAUCUCAUUUGACUCAAUUUUAAAAAUACUAGACGAGAUCACGAAAAGAUGUAAGACUGUUAGCACUGUUUAUAUAGAUGCGCUAGGAGAUUGCAAAGAAUGUGCAAAGAAGCUUGAAAUGCUGUAUCCAUACAAUUUUGUUGUCAAGGAAAAAGCAGAUGCAACAUUCAAGGUUGUUUCUGGUGCCAGUAUUGUUGCAAAGGUGAUGAGGGAUUCAAUGAUGCUGGAGUUUGGAAAAGAUGUCGGAUCUGGAUAUCCUGCUGAUCCAGACACUGUCAAAUGGCUCAAUAAAAACAUCAAUAACGUGUUUGGAUUUCCAACAGGAGUCAGAUACUCAUGGGUAACCAUCAAGAGAAUGCUUGGCGAAAGAAAAUCAUUGCCUCUCAAGGGCUCUCUGGCUGGAUUCUAUGCCAAUAGCUCAUGA